GGCGGAAGUGCGUGCCUGGGGCAGCCUUGGUUACCGCGUUUUCCGCCCUUCGUACGUCAUCGUUGUGAGCCCGCUAUCAGCGGCCAGCGCGGGCGCGGCCGGAGACCGUGGGGACCGCGGUUGCCGCCCCCUCAGGAGCCACCAUGUUGGUGAUACCCCCCGGACUGAGCGAGGAAGAGGAGGCUCUGCAGAAGAAAUUCAACAAACUCAAGAAAAAGAAAAAGGCAUUGCUGGCUCUGAAGAAGCAAAGUAGCAGCAGUACAACCAGCCAAGGCGGUGUCAAACGCUCACUAUCAGAGCAGCCUGUCGUGGACACAGCCACAGCAACAGAGCAGGCAAAGCAGCUGGUGAAGUCAGGAGCCAUCAGUGCCAUCAAGGCUGAGACCAAGAACUCAGGCUUCAAGCGUUCUCGGACCCUUGAGGGGAAGUUAAAGGACCCCGAGAAGGGACCAGUCCCCACUUUCCAGCCGUUCCAGAGGAGCAUAUCUGCUGAUGAUGACCUGCAAGAGUCAUCUAGACGUCCCCAGAGGAAAUCUCUGUAUGAGAGCUUUGUGUCUUCUAGUGAUCGACUUCGAGAACUAGGGCCAGAUGGAGAAGAGGCAGAGGGCCCAGGGGCUGGUGAUGGUCCCCCUCGAAGCUUUGACUGGGGCUAUGAAGAACGCAGUGGUGCCCACUCCUCAGCCUCCCCUCCCCGGAGCCACAGCCGGGACCGCAGCCAUGAGAGGAACCGGGACAGAGACCGAGAUCGGGAGCGGGAUCGGGAGCGGGAUCGAGACCGGGAUCGAGAGAGAGACCGAGAGCGGGACAGGGAUCGGGAUCGGGAUCGGGAUCGAGAUCGGGACCGGGAACGGGACAGGGAUCGGGAGCGGGAGCGGGAUCGAGACCGAGACCGAGACCGAGAGGGUCCUUUCCGCAGGUCGGACUCCUUCCCUGAACGGCGAGCCCCUAGGAAAGGGAAUACUCUCUAUGUAUACGGAGAAGACAUGACGCCUACCCUUCUCCGUGGGGCCUUCUCUCCUUUUGGAAACAUCAUUGACCUCUCCAUGGACCCACCCAGAAACUGUGCCUUCGUCACCUAUGAAAAGAUGGAGUCAGCAGAUCAGGCCGUUGCUGAGCUCAACGGGACCCAGGUGGAGUCUGUACAGCUCAAAGUCAACAUAGCCCGGAAACAGCCCAUGCUGGAUGCCGCUACUGGCAAGUCUGUCUGGGGCUCCCUCGCUGUCCAGAACAGCCCUAAGGGUUGCCACCGGGACAAGAGGACCCAGAUUGUCUACAGUGAUGACGUCUACAAGGAAAACCUUGUGGAUGGCUUCUAGGGAACAGAGCUGGAUUCCUUGUGCCUCAUAUGCCCCAAUGCUGGUCUCAGUAAAACACUGAGGUGGAAGCUUA